AUGUCUUCCCCCCUGCCUCUCCUGCCCUCCCCCUCCCCUGCCCCUGCCAACGACAUCAUCUCCACCAUACCAGGAGAGAUCGUUGGCAUCAUCCUCGACCAUCUGCCCGAGUUGAAAGACUUGGCGAAGUUAAACGCCGUCAGUAGAAGAUGGCGUAGGUAUACUACGCCAAGGCUCUACCGGACCGUCUCGGUCCAAGUCCUCGGUCCCAGUGAUUGGGACCAACUACAACUUCUCCUGCGGCCACACAUACACAACCACGGGUUCCAUUCCCUUGGGGUUCGGUAUCGCCAUACGUGGCAAUCUGCCGUUCGCGUCUCUGGUGGCACCUCCCACUUGCGGAGGCUUUUCGUUACCGGGAUCCCCAAGUUGGAGGAUCCCGGGCGUAUCAGGUCGGCCACAAGAUGGCUUGAGGCAGCUUUCAACAACAUGCAUUCCCUAGAGGGUUUGCAUUCUGACCUGCUUACUGACCGAAUGGUUGGGCGAAUCCUCCACCACAACGUCUUAAAGGAGGUGGGUUUCUGGAACGAUGAGAAACCCGAGAGUCUGGAGGCCUUGAGACGCCUGAGAGGCCUGACAUAUCUGAGCCUCGGCGGUGAUAUGGCAUGUGGGAAUACCACCAUCCCGACCCUCCUCCUUAAGUCGGCCAAGACUCUUAAGCGUCUGCAACUGCAGCCAUUCUUCGAGGGUCCAUGGGAGUACACCUGGAGGAGAAUGGUUCGUGAACUUUCCUCUCGCGAAGACCAACUCCCUCUCCUCUCAUCGCUGAAGGAGCUCACACUGAGCUCCGUUGAGUUUCAUCCAAACAUGGUGAGGGUCCUUCCAAGGAUGAUUGACUUCGCCAACCUGGACGAACUGAGCAUCAAGCACCUGAAUGGUUCCCAGCGCCCCUUCAUCGACGUUGUUGUCAGAAGCCUGAGUUCACCAAUCCAAACAAGUCUAGGUGUCCAGCUGAGAAGCUUGUGUCUUGGAUGGAUUGGGUUUGCGAUGACUACCGACGGCCCUAGUGUGAUGUCUACUACCGACAUGUCACGCCUCAUCGCAUCCUUUGACAGUCUCACCAGACUAGAGAUCCAGAACUACAACCAGUUUGCCAAUCCUCCAGGCUACAAUAUGCUCAAGUUCUAUCCUAGACUGAUAGAAGCUGUCAUCCAGCAUAAGAAUCUCAAGGUGUUGAAGUUCACCCACUCUAACUGGGAGCCCAGCCUCAGAGAGAUAGCUCGGGCUGUCAAGUUCCCAAAGCUUUCAGACAGCGAAGUCACAAUCCUCGUCGAGAACCUACAGAGUCUGGAGGAGUUCCACUUUGCGCCCGACGUGAAGAGAGCCUGGAGAGUCGGAGCCGCCCUAGCAGCCGCACCCAACCUGCAGUACGUAGGAUGUGAUGGAUUCGAGCUCUGGAUGAAGUGGGAGCCCGAGUGGAGUCCACGGACCGACCCUUAUAUCUUGCUCGGCCUUGCCCACGCUGUUUUCAAGAAACACGAGAAAGCCAGCAACAACGGAGACCAAGUCGCGUUCACGUGGGAAGAGCACACCAAGAUCUGCAGCAUGUCCAUCGACGGCAUUCGCAUCCACAUAGCUUCCUCCCCCAGGAGAGAUUUCUUGCCGGUGCCUUGGGAGAUCAUCCGCCGUGGAAAGGCGUACCAAGUCCAGUACCUGAAGAAAGCCCCUGCCAUCAGGCCCAAGUCGGAGCCCAUCUUUAGCCAGGAUUUGAGUGGUUUACAAAUCCAAGAUUGCUAG